CAUGGAAACCUUCCUCAUUACAACUUCUUAAGGGCAGUCAGCUGAAGAGAACAGCAGCCCAGCUGGAUGAAACUCCACCUUAGACAAUGAAGGAUCAGGGAUAAAGGCAAAGUCUAACACACGCUCCUCAACGCUGCCUGCUGCUGAGGCAUGAUCUGCUAGUCAUAGAACCCCAGGUGCUGUUGCCCGGCGAGGGGGGGAGGUGAAAGUGGGCAGGUAGCCCGGGGCUCGCGACAGCGGCUGGAGCCCCGGGCCCUUUACAUCGCGGCCCGCGGGCCGGACAGCGUGGAAGGGCUGCCUGGGGGAAACUGACCCCCCCCCCAGCCCCGCCCCCUUCGAGCCCGAGGCCCCGCCCACAGCGAAAGGCGGCUGAUCGUCCUGGAACUUCAUCUCACUGGCCAGGAGUUUUCUUCCCGCAGGGGUAGUUUGCAGCUAUGAUUUUGAAAAUGAAUUUUAGGGGGAUUUCUCUAGCUGAGUGCUUGGUGGUUUUAUUCUCCUGUGUAAAAGGUUCUGCAAACGAAGCCCAUAAAGUGUAUGGUGUUCUGGGUGGUUCUGUUUUCUUGAACGUUCCUGACUUCAAAGUGGAAAAGCAACAUGAAAUAACAUGGCUCAAAAAUGCAUCAUUCCUCGUGAAAGUCAAAAAUUCUACAAUGAAAUAUUACAGGGAAAAGGAAAAGUAUAUGAUGUUCCUUAAUGGAACCCUGCGAAUAGACCGCCUGGUGGAAGAGGACAGGGGAAAUUACAUAGUGACCGUGUACAAUGACAAGGGACAGCUGCAAGUGAAGAAGAGCUUAAAUCUGAGCUUUCAGGAAAUUGUCUCUAAACCAGAAAUCAAAUGGAUAUGUUCACAAAAAUUAAUAAAGGUGACAUGUGAGGUGAAUCAGAAGAAUAAACCUGCUUUGCAUUUGCUUCAAAGUAAAACAAGGCUCCUUGCAAAUGAGCCAAAAUAUGCAAAUGGCAUAUGGAAGAUUGAAUAUCAACCCAAGAACACAAUCCUUACUGCAAAGUUCCAAUGUGAAGUUAAAAAUGAUGUUAGCAAGAAAACUGAUGAUCAGGAGAUCAUAUGUUCAGGACCGCUGGACAGUGUUCUCAUCGGGAGCAUUGCAGGAGGUGCAGUUGUCUUUAUCAUCUUUUUGGCUCUGCUGAUUUACUGUAUCAGGAAGAAGAGAGCAGAAAGAUAUGAAGAACAGAAUAACUAAAAGGCACUAGCUUCUGCGUGAUACCUCUGCUUUCUCAAUCUCCAGUUCACGCUCCCCAGAAGUAGCCAUGUCAGCAGCAGAGACCGCCUGCACAGUCUCAAACUGAGUACUGGGCAGUGCCCCCUUGGCCCAGGCCAUGUUUCCAAGGCUGAAGUUCCCAAGCCACAUGAAAGAGAGAGACCGUAAGCAUUUAUCCUGGAGGAACAGAACCUGUCCCAUUACCUGCUCUGGUGGGACCCACCACAAAAAUAACCUUGCAAAUAGCCAGCAAUCCUCCAGACUGGCUGCUUUUGUUGUGGAAGAUCAUGAUCUAUACUGAACGAGUGAUGAAAAGGUUCGUCAAUGGAGACACGAGGAUAUCAAAGGUCAUUACCUUGGCCAUUUUCUCCAAGUGGCUCUAUGUUAACGUGGGGCAUUUAGUGCUGAAAUGUGCUUCCUUUUUGCUUCAUUUGGUUGUACCUCUCCUUGCCAUUUUCUGGUCUAACUUUUUUUUUUUUUUUGGUGGGGGGUUGAGGGGCGAAGGCCCUAAGACUCUAUUUAGAUGACUUUCAUCACGUCUCUCUCUUUCUCCCUAUACCUGCAGUCCCACACAAACUCGCCUCUAGUUGUUGCAGCCAGUCAUUUGAUCUUAUAGAGAGGAAAAUAGUUGUGUUAAUUAUAAUGAUGGGCUAACAUAUUGGAGUGCUGGCAAGAAACUGCAACUUUAUUUCUUGGCUAGUGACAUGACCUGGUUCAGAGUUCAGGUAUGCUUGUCACAUGACAGAAGCCAGUAUCCAUUUGCGUGUGAGAUUUCUGUAACACAGUAAUACAUACUACCAACCAAAACCCAAGCAGACUAAUUAAUAACUACUUUCUCUGAA